AUGGCAAAGCAAAUAACGUACUCCUCAAACUUUUUAUUUUGCUCCCUAGCUCUACUAAUUGUCACACUAUCCCUUAUACCAAAUUUCGCUUCUGCUACUUCAGAGGAAGCCAAUGCUCUUCUUAAAUGGAAAGUAGGCCUUGAAAUCCCAAAAAACUCCUUGCUCUCUUCAUGGAUUACUCUCCCUAUGAAUUCCAGUGCAUCAGUUCCAUGCACUUCUUGGUUUGGAGUACUUUGCAAUGUUGGUGGGAGCAUUCAAAGGUUGAACCUCAGUUCAUCCGGCUUAAAAGGUACACUCCAUCGAUUUUCAUUCUCUUUGCUACACAAUCUUACACAUUUUGAUCUCGGCGUGAACAGCUUCUUUGGCCCCAUCCCAUCAGAAAUCCGACUCCUGAACAAACUUGUAUAUCUUGAUUUUUCAUUGAAUAAGUUUUCUGGAGUAAUUCCCCCUGAAAUAGGAAAUCUGCACCAGCUAAAAAUCUUGUAUCUAUACUCAAACAAUAUAUCCGGCUCCAUUCCUUCAUCAUUGGGUGAUUUGACAUCUUUGAAUCUCCUUUAUUUACACCACAAUCAACUCUCUGGUCACAUUCCUAAUGAACUUGGGAAGUUGAAGUCUCUUACUGGACUUUCCAUGAGCUACAAUCAACUUAGUGGUUCUAUUCCUUUAUCUCUAGCAAACCUUAGUAGCCUACAACUUUUGUACCUAAGUCAAAAUAAAUUAUCUGGUCCCAUUCCUACAGAACUUGGGAACUUGAAGUCUCUCAUUGAUCUGCAGCUGAGCAACAAUAAGCUUAGUGGUUCUAUUCCUUCGUCGUUGGGUGAUUUGACAUCUUUGAAUGUCCUUUAUUUGGACGAAAAUCAACUCUCUGGUCCCAUUCCUAUUGAACUUGGGAAUAUGAAGUCUCUCAUUCAACUUGUGAUGAACGAAAAUCAAGUUAGUGGUUCCAUUCCUUCAUCAUUGGGUGAUUUGAUAUCUUUGAAUCUCCUUUAUUUGUACCACAAUCAACUCUCCGGUCGUAUUCCUACUGAACUUGGGAAUUUGAAAUCUCUCAUUGAUCUUCAGUUGAGUGACAAUCAGCUUAGUGGUUGUCUUCCUUCAUCACUGGGAGAUUUGACAUCUUUGAAUCUCCUUUAUUUGGACCAAAAUCAACUCUCUGGUCCCAUUCCUAUUGAACUUGGAAAUUUGAAGUCUCUCACUAGUCUUGCGGUGAGUGACAAUCAACUUAAUGGGUCUAUUCCUCCAUCUCUUGCAAACCUUGGGAAUCUACAGAUUCUGUACCUUCGUGCGAACAAAUUAUCUGGUUCGAUUCCUCAAGGAUUGGGAAAUUUGGAAUUGUUCGAGCUACAAAUGGACACAAAUCAAUUGUCCGGCCAUUUGCCUGAAGGUUUGUGCCAUGGAGGAAAGCUUCAACUUUUUUCGGUAAAUAAUAAUCAACUCAGUGGGUCUAUUUCAAGAGGAUUACAGAAUUGCCCUAGCUUAAUUAGAGCUCUUUUUAAUCAAAAUCAAUUCAGUGGAGAUAUAUCGAGUAGCUUUGGGGUCUAUCCAAGCUUAGAUUACCUUGAUAUCAGCCACAAUAAUUUUCACGGGCAGCUUUCUCAGAACUGGAGUAAAUGCAAGAAUUUGACAUCCUUAGUGAUGGGAUCUAACAACAUCAAUGGUAGCUUACCACCAGAGUUUGGAAAUUUAAGACAACUACGAAGACUUGAUCUAUCUUCAAAUCAUUUGGUUAGUGAGAUUCCAAAGGAGUUUGGGAAGAUGAAAAGCAUGUUGAAUUUAUCCUUGGCUAAUAACCAACUUUCAGGUACUAUACCUGUAGAGUUUGCAUCCUAUGAACUUGUUGAAGUACUGGAUCUAUCCACAAACAGAUUGAAUGGGUCGAUACCAAGAAGUAUUGGUCGGUGGGCACAAAUCCACUACUUGAAUCUUAGUAAUAACAAGCUCAAUGAGAACAUUCCACCGGAGAUUGGUAAAUUGGUUCAUCUUACAAAACUUGAUUUAUCUCAGAAUUUGCUCACGAAAGAAAUACCAAUUGAAGUUUUAAGUUUGAAAAGUUUACAAAAAUUGGAUCUUUCUCACAAUAGAUUAUCUGGUCCUAUUCCUGAUGCUUUUACAAGUUUGCCACGCGGGAUUGAUAUCAACCUUUCUUACAAUGAGCUCUCCGGUCCGGUUCCCCAAAGCCCCAAUUUCGUGAAUGCAUCUGUAGAAGGCAAUCCAGGUUUGUGUGGAAAUGUUACAGGAGUGAAACUUUGUGCAAUUCAAAUUAUGAAGAAGAAACACACUCCCUUUCACCAUAGGCUAAUCCUUGUAAUUAUGCUCCCUCUUAUCGGGGUAUUUUUAUUUGGUUCAUUCACGUAUGGUUUCAUUGCUUAUCACCAACAAAAGAAAAAGUCUCUACAGAAACCAUUGGAAGAAGAAACUGGUGAUUAUUUCUCCAUUACAAAUUUUGAUGGCAAAGUAGUGUACGAUGAUAUCCUCAAGGCAACAAAUGAUUUCGAUGAAGCUUAUUGUAUUGGGACUGGAGGGUAUGGUACCGUGUACAAAGCUGAGAUACAACCUAACAAUGUGGUAGCUGUCAAGAAGCUUCACCCAUCAUCAUCUGAGAAUGUUGAUCAUAAUGGAUUCCUUAAUGAGAUUCGAGCAUUAACAAACAUAAGGCAUAGAAACAUAGUGAAACUCUAUGGAUAUUGCUCCCAUCCCCGUCACUCAUUUUUGAUUUAUGAAUACCUUGAAAUGGGAAGCCUUGGAUCAAUCUUAAGAAGCGAUGUCUUAGCAAAAGAAUUGGAUUGGUUGAAAAGGGUCAAUAUUGUAAAGGCUGUAGCUAAUGGUUUGGCUUAUAUGCAUCACGACUGCUCACCUCCUAUAAUUCAUAGAGACAUUUCCAUUGCCAACAUCCUUCUUGAUUCCGAUUAUGAGGCACAUAUUUCUGAUUUUGGCACAUCCAAGCUUUUAAAGCUAGACUCAUCCAACUGGACCGCAAUUGCAGGAACCUAUGGUUAUAUCGCGCCAGAGCUCGCUUAUACGAUGGUGCCAACUGAGAAAUGCGAUGUGUAUAGCUUUGGGAUCGUUGCAUUAGAAGUGAUCAUGGGAAAGCAUCCCGGUGAACUACCAACGUUGUCUGUUGAUUAUCUGGUGUUAGCAAAUGUUGGAGAUAGUCGGAUUCCACUUCCUUCACCACAAGUUGAGAAACAAGUAAAUUUGGCGCUCAAUCUCGCAAGAGCAUGUUUGAACUCAAAUCCAAAAGAAAGGCCAACAAUGCGCCAAGUUUCAAAUCUGUUGAUGAAGGCCUGAUAAUAGUGUACUUUCAAUGUUCUUUCUUUUGUCAUGUUCUCUAUAUGCAUCCUGAUAAUAUGUAUUGAUUUGAAUGCCUACUUGUUAUGAAACUUCUCAUAUGAUUUCUUAAAUCUUUAUGUACUAGAUAAACAAAUAAGUUAGUGAAGAA